AUUAUUUUCAUACGCUAUUUCAAAGGUGAAGAAGCAAGCAAAGUUGUAGCUUAGGACCGUCAACUCGUGCAAAGAAAGGUAGUCUCUUCUUGUAAGAUUUUGUUUUGUUCUGUUCUCUUUUUUUUAUUUUAUUUUAUUUUUUUUUUUUCAACGCAGAAAUACAAUGAAUAUUCAUUAAGUUUCCAAAUCGUCAAAGCUAUCAACUUGAACGUAAUGCUCAGGGAAAUAUCUUCAGCAUAUCGAUCGCUAUGGAGAGCUGGAAUGGCCGCUGCGCUCUCAACAAAGUUUCCUGGUCAUAGAUUCGUUUAUCGAGAUCUCUUAAGAGAUGGAUUUCGAAAUCAUAGUCCAUCCUACUUUUCUGAACAGCGUGUCCUUCGAACAGUUGACUUUUUACAAGCAGCUUCGUCAAAAGGAACGCUGGAACAUAAAUUAAUGAAAAACAGAUUUCACAUUCAGAUGUUUCGAAGAAAACAGGGCAGGCGGUUGGUACACCUUUCUAAUCCAAUGGAACGAGAAUAUUUUCUCUCUGUCUACGAUAGUUACGAAGCUUGCCUCUCAAGAAUUGGCCAAAUCUAUGAUAUCUACCUAUUGUAAAUUUAGGCGGUACAAGGAAUAAGAAUGAUACGCACUUACUUUGCCUAGGCAGUUUCUCGCAUUUAUUAAAUAACAAAAGAAAAAGACCACACAGUCAUUUAACAACUAAAUUCCCUUAAUCUAACAUCUAAUAAGAAGAGAAUUAGAAUAGAAUACCCGUUCUUAUACAUACUGUACAAUAAAAUUUCGCAAUCAGGGACAGUGGACGUAAGAAAGACACGA